AUGCUGACAAUCUCAUUUCUGAAUGUUUGCAGCAUCAGACGGAAAGUGGAUGAGGUGAAGGAGUUCCUGUCGGCCAGAGGAGUGCACAUCUUUGGUAUGUCAGAAACCUGGUUGAAACCCGAUGUUGGUGAUGGAGAAUUGGCGAUUCCUCAUUACAAACUUUUCAGGAAGGACCGCCCCAUCCAGCAAGGUGGUGGCGUCGGCAUUUACUGCCAUGAGUCUGUGGUUGUCCGAAGACGAAUGGAUUUGGAAGCUGCUGAGCUAGAGAUUGUAUGGCUGGAAGUCAGAUGUCCUGGUGAUACUCUCCUUGUCGGGUGUGGAUACCGUCCUCCAGACAAGCCAGUGCCGUACUGGGACUCUCUUCAAGAGAACAUAGAAACUGCUAUGGAAGGCCCUCAGGCAUCUACCGUUCUCAUUGGAGACUUCAACAUUGAUUACAGCUGUGAGAACUCUCCGAACGCACAACAUCUGCACCGAGUACUAUCCAGUAGUAAUCUUCGGAAUUAUGUCACCUCACCAACUCGUGUCACGAGCCACACUGCUUCAACCAUAGAUCUGUUUCUGUCAAAUACACCCAUUUCUGGUGCCUGUGAAACGAUUUACGGAGAUAUUAGCGACCAUUUCGCCAUCCUUGCACACUUGCCUGUAAACCAGACAGAGGUAAACCGAACAUCACAACCCGGACAGAGUCGCCGUAUCCACACCAUCGACUGGGAGAAGUUUCAGACUGAUCUGUGUGUCCACUUUCAUCAGUUCCCUCGGAACGGCACGAUAAAUGACAUGACAGGUGCAUUCACGUCUGCUAUUAUGGAAACACUAGAUGAGCACGCCCCCUUGGUGGCGAGGCGCAAGCGUGGUCGCCGUAUCUGUCCUUGGUUAACUGAGGAGUUGGUAUCUGCAGUACGGCACCGCAACAGGCUACACCAUCGACUCAUGAAGGAUCAAGCCAAUGAGGUGCUUCGUGAGCAACAUCGGCUCGCCAGAACUUUUGCCAGGAAGCUUGACCGAAAGCUUCGUAACCUGUACUUCGUAAACCAGUGCAACACACCUGAUCAGCGGAAACUUUGGUCAGCAAUGAACACAGUCACAGGGCGACGGAAGGAACGUCAAAUACCUCAGGUUUCUGUUGAGGAUCUCGGCCAGGUCUUCGGUGAAAUUGUCAAUGACCCAAGCAGACCACAGAAUCUGCACCCGCCACUUGGGCCAAUGCCAGCUAACAGUCUUCACGUCUUCAAACCUAGUGGUGUUGUGCCCACCACGUUCAAGCACUCCCACAUCAGUCCCCUGCGCAAAGCCGGAGACCGCUCAUCAGCCCGCAACUACAGACCUCACUUCCUGCAACUGUCAAUCACCAAGAAUUUGCUGACGAUAUAA